GUCGGAAACAAUCAUCCGAUUACGUGUGAAUUCAUAGGCUGUCAUCAAUGUUACUUAUCAAGUCUCGGCCACUUUAAACUUCUUUUGAAAUACUUUAGAAACUACAAAGUAUUUGCUGCCAAUCCUGUUCUGUUGGAUCGUUUUCCCUUAUAAGUGAAAAAAGAUUACAUCUUCUACAUUACUAUGUGACACGUUGAUGGAUUCUAUUUAAAUUACAUAAAAUGGACAUAUCCACGAAUGCUGAAGUAUACAUUCCAUCGUUCGCCGAAGAUCUAACAAAGCGCAUUAAUAAAUCCAUCUUGAGGAAGAUAGAAAAAGAUUUAGACACUUAUGAAAAGGUCUCUAUCCUGUUUUUAAUGGUUGUAGAUUAUGCCUCUUCUUUUAAGGAAAUUUAUAAUCUAUACAAUGCUAUAGACAAUCCAAAUCGGCAUGUUCUCGUUGACUUUGUGGAAGCACACCCAAAAUUCUGGCAGCAUAAAGUAUUAGAGGCUAUUGGUAUUAUUAAGAAUCGGAGUGUUAUUUGGAAACUUGGGAUCGAGUUCAGUGAAAUUGAAUUGAGAUAUUCUAGCCACAUUUGUGGAUAUUCCAUGUUUGUAAACGAGGUUGCCAAAACAUUAUACAUGUUCUGUGAAUCAUUAAGUACUAAACAGAUGCAAUUAUUAUUAAAAUAUAUUAGGGAAGAUAAUGGACCUAGUGACCAUCGCUUGAAAAAUGUCCCUUUUCUUGAACUUCAUAUUUUAUAUUGGGCUCAUGUUGGAUAUAUUAGUACCAAAGCAGGAAACCGAUGGGAUUUGACAAACCUUUUAAAACAUUUGAAGAAGUUACAGUUGACAGAUAAAUCCAUAUACGGACAAUUAGAGAAACAUAAAUUUAUUACCACGGAUCAAUGGACUGAAAUUUUGAACAAUGAUUCAAAAUCUCCAUCUCCUGAAAAGGAAAUUAAUCAGCCAAACAAAAAUGAGCCCGUAUCCGUUGCAAAUGGUGGUCUCUGUUUUAUAAUUAAUCAGAUGUACUUUCCUGAAACUCAGUACGAGACUAGGUAUGGAACCGAUAGAGACCGUGAUCGAUUGUCUGAUACGUUUAAACAAUUUGGCUUUGAUAUUGAAAUUCACAAUGAUUUAACAGAAGAGGAAAUAUUAAGUGCAUUAAGAGGUAUCGGCAAAAAGUUUGACAAAAAAUACAAUUGCUUAGUCCUUUGUAUUUUAAGCCAUGGUCACGAAGACAGCAUUAUUUCUACUGAUGGAAAGGAAAUUCCUGUAGCAAAGAUUGAGUCCGAAAUAUGCUGUGAUAAACUUUUAAAUGUCGUAAAAGUUGUUAUAAUUCAAGCCUGCCGAGAGAAGAUGUCAGGUUCUGCAGUUAGAGAUGCUAUAAUACGAAUAGGUGAUCAAGAUUCAGAAGCUUACGCGGAUUUUUUCUUAUUCUCAUCAACAAUGCACGGAUUCAUAUCAUGUCGUCACAAAAUAUAUGGGUCAUGGUUUAUUCAAACAUUCUGCAAGGAACUAAUUUUCGGAACCAAAAAUGGUGGCACACUUCUGGAGUGUGCUGCUUCGACUACGAAGAAAGUAAUUACAAUGGUGAAACAAAAUGGAAUUGGUCGAUCUAUGCCACAGCUUCCUGAACAAAGGAAUCGUUUAAGAACCCAUGAGUUCAAAUUUACUUAUUACCCAAAUGUUUCAGUCUGAAUAUUGAGUCCUUAUGAACCUGAGACAAUUUAACGAUGUGAUCAUAUUUUUAAUCAUGUUUAAUAUACAUUGAUAAAAUGUUUUAUAUAACA